UUUUGUGAUUAUUGCUGAUAUAAAUUAGCACGGUUAAUCUUUCUCGUAUCAGGUUUUCCUAAAGUUCUUCAUUCAGAACUCUGUAGCUACUGACAGGCCAGUACAGCACAUUCUCAUGGCUGAAGCUCUGAUCACAGCUGCGAAAUGCUUUGUUCCUAAAUCAAAGGAGGAAGAAGAAGAUAUCGAAAGAAUCUACAACAGUUACAGAAACAUAAUCGCAACCCUUCCAAGAAACAGAGGUUGGGCGACUCAGCAUCUCUGUCAAUAUCAAGGUUUUUGGUUUCAACCCAUGGUUGGUCUUGAAGGAAUCAUGUGGAUGCAACAACACUUCAUCUCUCGACCCACUGACGUUUACCUUAUCUCCUCUCCAAAAUCAGAUUCCAUACAAAAAUCAUCUUGUCCGAUUGUUUACAUUUGUAGAAAUCCUAAAGAUGUGCUCGUUUCUUUAUGUCAAUUCGUGAUGAAGGUGAAACCCAAGGAUCUGCCUCCACUGUCGCUAGAAGAUGCAUUUGAAAUGUUUUGUGAAGGGAUUUCUCCGUGUGGAUCCUAUUGGGAUCAUGUUUUAGGAUAUUGGAAAGCAAGUUUAGAGUUUCCAAGCAAGAUCCUUUUCUUGAAAUAUGAAGAUAUGAAAGAGGAGCCUUUACUGAAUAUAAAGAGAGUGGCGGAGUUUGUUGGUCGGCCAUUUUCUUUAGAAGAAGAAGAAAAUGGGACUGUGCAAGAAAUUUUGAAACUAUGUAGUUUUGAGAAAAUGAAAAACUUGGAGGUGAAUAAGAAUGGAUUCUACCGUGUUCGCAACACUAAAAACGAUGUAUUCUUUAGAGAAGGAAAGGUUGGAGAUUGGGAGAAUCAUCUAACAAAUGAAAUGGCAGAACGUCUUGAUGAAAUUGCAAAGCAAAAGUUCCAUGGUUCCGGGUUAAUGUUUUAGUUUUAUACCCAAGAUUAGUGAUAUGUUCUGUUCUGUUCUUUGAUGGUUAAAUUAAUUUAGAGUUCGUAUUACUUCCAUUUCCGUAGGAGAUGAUUGUAACUUGUAGGAUGUGGUUGAACGAUUCAGAUCAAUUGCAAAUAUUUUCUUUA